AUGAAGUCUCCUCUCGCUCUCACUGUCGGGGCCCUGCUCCUCCCCGGAUUGCUUGCUUCUGCAUCCCCAGUCAUAGCCAGGGACGGCACCCUGUGCGAUAACCUGACGAACCCGUUGCUUUUCAUGGGGCAGGUCAAGCGUUACAUUCAGGACAUCCUGUACGACCCAAACCGCGGCAUCAAGGACCUCACUCCCGAAGCGCGGGAUCAAGCCGCGCUGAUAUCGGCAGCGCUGGACGCUCCGCUCGCUGAUGUGCAGCGUGUGCGGGCUGCGGCACAUGCCUGCCCGGCGGGAAGGACGCGCAGAGCCCCACCAGACCAGACGGUCCGGAGGCAAGAGGGAGGCACGCUGUGCGACGACCUUGAUCACACGGCAUCGGAACUGCAGCACGCCAAGGACAUGGCGGACGAGUUGGCCAGCAUGCCGACUGGCGAAAAGGUGCAGACCGGGGGGAUCAAGAGCCAGCUUGACAAGACUUUGGCAGAUGUUGCCUGGGCCAAGGAAAAGCUGAGUGCCGCCGGGAGAUGUUAG